UAGCCUUCUUCCUUGGAAUCCAGUCUCUUGAAAAAUGUCAUGCCCCGGCAGUGUGACUGCAAGCGCUUUUCUGAUGGAUCCCAUUGUAGGCUCGUCAUUUCGAAGCGAAAGCUAUACUUCUAAUUCCGGGAUGUAUAUGCAGCAAGGAGCAGACUACAGCUGUGGCGCGAUGAGGAACUGUGGUAUUAUUCCGUCCACCCUUUCCAAAAGGAACGAUGUCACCACCGGGGACGUGGCUCUCAGUACAUUUCACACUUCCUAUCUUUCGCAAUUAGACCCUUGGGGAGACCCCAAAACUUCAUGUGCAAUUGAGCAACCUGUUGGCAGAGUUGAGUCUUCUUGUUCAUUUACCUCAAAUGUGAAGGAGGAAAAUGUUAGUUGCUUGUACAGAUCCGACAAGAGGAAUGACAAAGAGAGUGAAGAGCCCACGUACACCAGACUUGGGCAGGAGAGCUCCCCAGUUGAUCACGAGGUGCCUGUGCCAGGAUACUUCCGAGUCAGUCAAGGUUACACACAGGGAAAGACCCGAGAUGGGUUCAGUCGCAGCGACUUUCCCUCAUCCUUUGAAGUGGGGCCAAGCUUGCCUCAAAGCAGUAAUGUGAUUUUCUUGUCCACAACGCACAUUCCAGAAGGACAAACCGAAAAUUCGAAACAUGGCAAAGAUACAAUUUCAAGGCAAAUCAAAAGGGAAGGCAUAACGCCGACGAAAAAGUUGUCCAUUGCUAGUAAGGAUGACCAAGGCGGAAAAUCUGAAAGUAGCUCGGAUAAUACCGACAAUGAAGCAAAAGGGGAUGGCAAAAAUGAAAACGCCACAGGAAAUUGGCUGACAGCAAAAACUGGAAGAAAGAAAAGAUGUCCCUAUACUAAACACCAGACUCUUGAACUGGAGAAAGAAUUCUUGUUUAAUAUGUACUUGACCCGGGAGCGCCGCCUAGAGAUAAGCAAAAGUAUAAACCUAACAGACCGCCAAGUCAAAAUAUGGUUUCAAAACAGAAGAAUGAAACUGAAGAAACAAAACAGAGAAAGUCGAAUUCGUGAACUGACAUCAAAUUUCAGCUUUACCUAAAACAUGUAAUGGAGAAAAGUAUACAAAAAGAUAGGUUCGCGAUGAAGAAGCAGCACACACAUCAGAGACUAAAAGAUUUAAAUAAAUUAAAACUUUAUUACGAGCAUAAGAACAAAGACAAAUUGAACCACCUAAUGUAUCAGUUUGUUUCAUUGUUAUCGUGUUACUGUGAGGUAUACAUUGCGAUGUUACUCUGUUCAAACCAAUGCACAAGUGUACAUAAAGUAAAAAAAACA